GAAGAAGGGAACGAGUUGUUUUUCUUCUCCCAAAUUGAGUGUGGCCAGUUCAAGCUAACUUUAUUUGGUUUCGCGCACCAUCACACUUCUCCUGUUAAUCUUGGUGAACUAUGCAUCAAUAUGAAUCCAUUCUCUGCCACGAAGAUCGCUUAACGUUUUAAAACCUUAUGGAAGAUCUCGAAGAUCAACAAUGCUCGCCGAAAUUGGAAGUUUGCUUUUCAGGAGAUGGAACAAAAACUCCGGGUUCCAGACCUAGCUAUGAUGGCUAGCUUACUAACUUAGCUAGACAUUCGCUUUUGGAAAGUUGCUGGCGAGCUAGCUAUAGUUACUUUACGUUAUCUUGCCGUCUUGGAACCACAUCCUUUUUCUAACCUAAGAUUUACAAUGCUAGCUGGCGUCAUGAUUGUCCUGGUCUUAAUAAUGGUGGUAGUGCCCUCCUUCAGUGUGGAAGAUGAGGAGGUGAGGCCUGUGUCGAAGGACCACGAGUGCGUGUGCGAGGGUCGCACGUGUGUGAGUGGGGACCGCUGCUUGGGCCAGCAGUGCUUCUCCUCACUGACGCUCAGCGACGGGACCAUGGUCUUCCAGAAGGGCUGCUUCAAGGUGUACGAGCAGGGAAGGAUGACCUGCAAAACUCCCCCAUCGCCCGACCAGAUUGUGGAGUGCUGCCAGGGCCACCUGUGUAACCUCAACAUCACUGUGGAGUUGCCUAUGCAUGGGCGGUCGGCGGGAGAAGACCCCAGCUACAGCGUGGCUACCCUGGCCAUGGUCAUCGUGGCCCCCGUCAUCGUCCUGGUCCUCCUCUCGGGCGUGGCUGCCCUAGUGUUCCGGCGAAUCCACCGGAACCAGAUCGAGCGGCUGAAAGCACGGGACGCCGAGUACGGCACCAUUGAUGGCCUCAUCGCAUCCAACGUGGGGGACAGCACGCUGGCGGAUUUGCUGGAUCACUCUUGCACUUCAGGAAGUGGCUCUGGGCUCCCAUUUCUUGUACAGAGGACUGUCGCCAGGCAGAUCACGCUCAACGAGUGCGUGGGAAAAGGGCGCUACGGAGAGGUAUGGAGGGGUCAGUGGCAGGGUGAGAACGUGGCAGUGAAGAUCUUCUCCUCCCGGGACGAGAGGUCCUGGUUCCGGGAAACUGAAAUCUACAACACGGUCCUGCUUAGGCAUGAAAACAUACUGGGCUUCAUCGCGUCGGACAUGACAUCGCGGAACUCGAGCACGCAGCUGUGGCUGAUCACGCACUUCCACGAGAUGGGCUCCCUGUAUGACUACCUGCAGCAGAGCACCAUAGACGCAGCCGGCUGCCUGCGCAUGGCCCUGUCCAUCGCCAGCGGCCUGGCCCACCUCCACGUGGAAAUCUUCGGCACGCAGGGCAAGCCCGCCAUCGCCCACCGAGACCUCAAGAGCAAGAACAUCCUGGUCAACAAGAACGUCCAUUGCUGCAUCGCCGACUUGGGACUGGCCGUGAUGCAUUUUCAAAACACGAAUGAGUUGGACGUGGGGAACAACCCGAAAGUGGGCACCAAACGCUACAUGGCUCCGGAGAUUCUGGACGACAGCAUCCAGAUGGACUGUUUCGAGUCUUUCAAGAGGGUGGACAUAUGGGCCUUUGGGCUGGUCCUGUGGGAGAUUGCCAGGAGGACCAUCAGCAAUGGAAUUGUUGAGGACUACAAGCCCCCCUUCCACGACAUGGUGCCCAGCGACCCCAGCUUUGAAGACAUGAGGAAGGUGGUUUGUGUUGACCAGCAGAGGCCCAAUAUCCCUAACAGAUGGUUCUCAGACCCUACUCUAACAUCGAUUGCCAAACUUAUGAAAGAGUGUUGGUACCAGAAUCCAUCGGCCAGACUGACUGCAUUACGCAUCAAAAAGACACUGACAAAAAUUGACAACUCUCUGGACAAAAUUAAAGCAGACUGUUGAACUGUUCCACAGGGAAACUUAAAGGCCUUUAAGUCCAGGAGGGUUUUGUCAGGCAGUGACAUGAGGGACUCAUCAGUCAUAGAGCUCUUAUAGUUGCACAAAUUAUUUAUUUUAAACAGCCCUUGGGAAAGAUGUUGGCAUCGCAUCCAAAGAUUGCUCUGUGCGUAAUUUUUAACAUGUUCAUCGUCUGACCAUAGGUAAUUAUCUCUAUGAAUACAUAGGAAUUUGGGGAAAUUGACAAUAUUAGUUUAGUCAGGCAGGUGGUUUUGACUCUGCUGUCAUUGUGUUAUUGCUGAAAAUAUAUUUCAUUUAGUAAUAUCGUCUCUGCCUGUUUUUUUUUGUUUGUUUUUGUUGUUUUUUUGCUGCCAUUCAGCAUUUAUUGCUUUGGAUGCAUAAAGGGGCGGGGUGGGUGUCCAUAUACCUGUUUAUUUUUCAUUUUAUUUUUUUAUUAUCAAAACCAUGUUUUGUAUCAAGCGAACACCAUGUCUUAUAUUUAUUGAGAAAACGAGCAUUUGACUCAGCAGAUUACUUGCACUGGUGUUUAUUGUCCUUUUGGGAGAAUGACAUUUCUUCUUUAAAACUGUAACUUAUUUAACAUUCUGAUGAGAUGUUAAAUUCUGCUGGAGCUCAUGGUACCCUUUCUUACGCUUUCUUAAGACAGUUUGUAUGACGCUCUACAGGGGUGCUACUCAACUCCAGGUCCUACAGGGCACGAUGUCAUCAGGUCUGUGGUCAAUCUUCUGCCCCUCCUGAUUUCACAAAUUAUUUUACCUUCUUGGUUCAAGAAGUAAACUUAUUUGUGAAAUCAAAUGUCGUGCCUGGCUGGACCAAAUACCUGGAGACACUGGAGCCCGCAUGAGCUGGAGCUGAGUAGCCGUGGGCUACACUAUUGCAUUAUCAAUCGUCAUCAGUUUGUUACAUAAGCUUUAUUGAGUACAGAUGCUAAAGUGAAUAAACAUUUACUAGAAGGGACAGAUUCAAUAUUUUCUACAGGAGUGAAAGUCAUGCCUGUAAUGUUGUAUUGUCUUCACACUAAAUAUGUGUAUUGUAAAGUCAAACCAUUUUGGUUUAAUCAAUAUUUUAUAUUAAGUAGUUAUUUCUAUUGAUUAAAUAGAAAAAUGCAACAGUA